CAACAGUCUCCGCUCUUGUGUGAAGUCGAGGGCGCGAACGCACUUUUCUGGUGAGACCGGAACGCAGAAGUCUAGGUCUGACGCGCAGUCUAUCUUCAGCCCUUGCUGUCUAAAAUCGCUUCAUUGUGUAGAGGGCUUCGAAACAUCUUUGGGACACUACCACCAUGGACGCAUUUCAAGUAUUAUCGUUAUAUUUGUUACUCAUCUUCAUUUGGAAUAUACCAUGUUUUCAGUCAGCUGCCAUCAUAUCUCCCUCUGUGCCAAGGAGAAACAAGGGAGCCAAGAUCCUUCAUGAUGGACAAAGGUCAACCAAAUUUCUCAAAGAGAUCUUCGCAUCUUCUCCUAUCUUAAGCCAUCACCAAGAAGACUUUAAUAAGGACGCAAUUGUGCCCCACGAUUACAUGCUCUCCAUAUACAGGACGUAUUCGGCUGCAGAGAGACUCGGACUAAACGCAAGUUUUUUCCGCUCCUCAAAGUCUGCAAACACCAUAACAAGUUUUGUGGACAGAGGAACAGGUUGGUCUCAACUAAAAUGACUUAGCUAUGUAACCUACUACCGUUGCAUACGACCAAUUGAGAAUGUUGCUACAUUUGUUCUAGAUUUGCACACAUCGCUGCAGCCAUUGUAUGCAUUUUUAAAUCAAAAAAACAAAAACAGUCGCAUAAACUAUUCAUUUUACAAUGGCUCUCUUAAUGAAGGAAAUGCCGGAGUUGAGUUGAAAUGUUGAAAAAUGGUGUUCCUGUUCUGCUCUUGUGCUGUAAAGAGUGCCAUAAAAUAAAAUAACCACAUCAAAAUAGAGUGUGCUGGCCUAUCAGUCGAUGGCGCAUGUUUAGAGAUGAUCCAAUCUAAAUAUGUAACAGUUUGAGUUGUAAAAUGUCCUAUUAAUUAAUGCAUAAAACGAUAUAUCACAAGCUAAAGUUCAAUUAUCUUGUCAGCCUCAAAGUUGUAUAAGUUGCACUAGAACUUUAUCACCAUUUAUGAGGGACGCAUUACGUUUUGUUGUCGCAUUCAGUUCCCUUUGAGCCCUUGGGACACAUUUUAAAGAGCCAUAGGAGUACGUCAGUUUUGUAAAAUAUAAAGUUAUAUUAGACAUACAUUGACCCCCAGGUAACACGACAAUAAAACACUAAUUGAGGCCCUAUCUAAAUGAAGGUAGUAAAUCAUUCUCUAUGGGUCCCCGCGUGCACCAAACCCAUCCUGUUCAAACCUUGCCAUGUCGUCAGACUAGACUAUCUCAAAACAGGGCCAAUUUAGAUAAUCAUAGAAAAAGUUAUAUUUCCAAAGAACUUGUGCAUUAAUUUACAAAUUGGUGUAGGACUAUGUGAAUCAGUGAACACGUCAAAGAGGAAAUUACAGUUGGCUCACAUCAAGAUAGGAAUUAUAAGUUUGUGUUACAGAUCAUCAUGCCAUCAGUGCAAUCUGUAUGGCCAACUCUGUAGUUAAUAAACGGAUAUAUUAGAAUGGGUUAGGGUGGGCUGCAGGUGAUUAGGGACAGUUAACUCUGUAAUCAAGUGAUUUGGCGGAUUUGAUUAGACAAACAAAGGCAGAUAAACACCAACAAACCGAACACAUGUAAGUUUCCUUUAUCUUUAGAGGAGAAAUACAAUCAGUUAACGUCAUUGUUGGCAUUAUUUCCCAUCUGUAACAUAGAGCUGAUUUGGUGAAAAGCCUCACUUUCCCCCUGAUUUUGAUUUGAUGUGUCACUGGCUCUGACCCUUCUCUGGACUCUCUGAGGGUUGCUUAGCAUCAAACCGCUGAUUGGAGUAUUUGAACUCGUGAUCUAAUUGAGUGUUCAUGUCAUAACAUAUCAAACACUGUCUAUUCUCCCAUAAUGACCCAGCUCAGCCAAUGGCACAUCACCAAAAACGAAGGAAAAAAAUGUAAGAACACGUCCUUCGCUAUGAAGUGGUUAGUAUUUUACCGUGUACCUCCCUGCGCUACCACCACUUUAAUUGCUGAAAAUAUAUUUUUCUUCCGUUCUCUCAGCACAGUGGUGGUUUCUGUUAAGAUUCUACCAGGCCCUCGAGUGUUGAGUUGUAUUGUAUAAUAGGCUACAACAUAAUGUUUUUUUUUCACUUUAAAAAGUACGAAAAGUAAUACUCAAGAGACAACGUUCGUGCGUAAAUAUGAAUUUUGUGGUUUUUCAGCUAUUACGCACAGCUCUUUUUGGAAACACUUGUAAGUGUACGGUGAACUGGACCGAUAGACGACAUGUUUGUAUAAAACUGAAAUAUUUUUUAUUGCGUAGGCUUUCCCCUCUGCAGGUAAAAUGAAAACAAUUUAUGCAAAACAGAUUAGGAGUCGUCCCUAUGUUCGUUAUGGUCGCAAGGUCAGACAAGAAUAAACCGAAUGUAUGAAAAUUACUUUUGGCACUUGAAGAAACUCAUUAAAACGCAGAUGGUGCUCGCUGGCCUUGGAAGCCACAGCACUAGAAGUCUCUCUCUCUCUCGCUCUCUCUCUCGCUAUCUCCCUCUCUCGCUCUCUCUCUCUCUCUCUCUCUCUUCUGUCUCUCUCUCUCUCUCGCUCCUCUCCUCUUCGCUCUCUUUAUCAGUUAGAAAGCCUAAUAGAUAGACGAAAGCGUAACAUCAAUGUUAUAUGUUGUCCAUAACCUCAGAUAAUAUGACAAUAGGCCUAACAUAAGCGGAUGAUGCCUUAUCGUUCAUAUUUUGGUCAGAUUCAUAUGUAAAUUACGCACAGGCUCCAUUAUGUCCAAAUUUUUAUAAUUUCCAAGCAAAUGAGGUGAAUCAAAACGGGUCUCUUAAUUUGUCGAAUCAUAUCUCAAAAUCAACAAACUGCAAUGUCAAGUUCUUUAAAACAGAUUCCCCCUGUAACUUAAAGUCAGCAUAAUCAGGCCAAGCACUUUUGAACCGGGAAUGUUGUCGUUGGCAAGAGGAGAUGAAAUAUAAGCGGGGAAGUAUUUUAAUGAGGAAGAGGGGAAUUCAGAACUGUUAAUUAUUUGGUGACCUUGUAUUCGAUUUGUUUGAGGUCUUAUAAAAAACCUUAAUGCAGACCAUACGUGCAAAGUUACUGAAACAAACACAAGGUUUCAAUCUACUUUUACUAUUAAACUCUGCAGGGUUCACAGAGGGGGGAAAGUACUGGCAACCAAAUUCAAAUAUCUAUUUCGAAUAACAUCAUAUUUUUUUGAAAUAUGGCAUCUAUGUUGGAGUUAUAGAUUAAUAGCCUACACACCGGGCGCAAUUGUUUAGGCCUAGAACAGGCUACCAACAAUUGUUGUUUUUAUUAAAUAACAUGUUUUUCAGUGCAUUUAAUUUGAUGGACAAAUGGUAAGCGGAAUCACAUUUGAUGGAUAUUUCAGAACACAACAGGUUUAUCUGUCUUAUGUAGGCCUAGUAUAUUCCUGUUAUUAUGAAUGCUAAAGAAAAUCGCAUUUUGUUUGGGCAAAUACUUUUUUCAUGGUAGCCAUAAAAGUAAAACAGAUUCGUUUUUACUUCAGCCUAUUUGAGCAUUUCCCCUAUUAUGCAUAUGUAUAAUUAUAUUUGACUGAUAAAAUAUUACGAAAAUCUAAAUUUCUCGUAAGUAAUCGAAAAAUCUUUAGAAAACGGUGUUUUAAAAAGCUAUAAUGUAUUUUAUGAAACCUUGGGGUUUAGGUAUAAAAAACACUGCAUACCGCAGGUAAACCCUUUACAGCAGAAAUGUAAAAUAUUCUAACUUAUAUGAGAGCACAUUGCUUCGAUGGGAUCAAAUAUGUGUGGCCUAGGCCUCGUGGGUCUCGAGCAGGGAAUAAUGUAUUAAUUGUGUAUUGUUCAGUUGAGUGUACAGUGGCCUAUGUCGCCUUUGGUCGGUUGAGUCUGGCAGAAUCCCCUCCCGUCAUGUCACUAGGCACCUAGUUUCUAUGCUCCACAACUUUGAUAAUUGUUUCAGAAAUUAUUUUUUCCAAGCAAAGAAUAAUUAAUAAACUUGUUUGAUAUAAUAUUCACAAAUUUAACCAGGCUCUUCGUUUAGUGAUGAUAGGCAUACAUUGAAAAAGCAAAGUAUUCUCAGAAGUGUGAUUCAUUUGGGGUGUUAUUAGAAAACAAUAGCCUAAUAACCAUUAACCAUUUAAAAUUAAUGAUAAGAUUCAAUUGACAAUUCAAUUGAAGUUUGUUUCCGAAUUUCACAUUUCUCCCCAUAAGAAUUAAAAUACAUAGGCUAUAUUUCGAUUCUGUUCUAAUAAUAUAAAGUGACAUCAAUUAAAGUACAGGGCAAAAUUAUAGGAUUAUAGGCUACUGAACGGUAUUUUGCACAUCGAAAAUGUAUAAAAGCCUAAUCCAAAAGGACAAUGUGGUACAGAGAGAGAGAGAGAGAGAGAAAUAUGUAAUUGCCAGCUGUUGUUUUAUGAUCAUAGGCUUAGCUUACAAUAUUCAGGCGACUGUCUCAACAAUUAUAGCUUAGUAACAUGGAAAUACAUUUGAUUCAGACAGUCGACACCUCGUCAUAUUAGGCCUAAUGGGCAAAACUAAAUAAUUGAUUAUUAUGGUAGCUGUUUUGCUAAGUUUGCAUCUGUUGAUUAUUGAUGUUAAGAAUGAAGAUGGUUAUUAUACAGUACCAAAAUGCUAAUGCACUCUUUCUGCUCAGAAAUGAUAUCAAGUAGCCUAUGAUGUUAACCAUGAGACCUUUUUAUUUAAUUUGAUGACGUGUCAAUCGUAGUUUGUCUCAGCUCGACUUUCGAGUGGGCACUGAAAAACAAGAAAGAAGGCCAGUGGAUCUGGCCUCUUUGUGAGAAUGUGAACCCUCCUCCUCCCCCCCUCUCCCUCUCCUGAACACUGUACACCCUAAGUGAAUCUGACUGCAAUUAUUUCUUUUUAUCUUGCAGACGAUCUCUUGCACUCUCCUUUGCGAAGACAAAAGUAUCUGUUUGAUGUCUCAACCCUUUCAGACAAAGAGGAGUUGGUUGGAGCUGAAUUAAGGAUAUUUAGAAAAGUGCCCGGGGAUUUGCAAACGUCCCCGACAGGUCUCUAUGACAUUCAAUUACUCUCCUGUCGAUCAGAACGGCUACUGGAUUCCAGAUCCCUUGAUCCUCUGGAUUCCCGAAAACCAGGAUGGGAGGUUUUGGACGUGUGGGAAAUGUUUAAAAACCGGCAUCACUCUGAUCAGGGGAGCCAGCUUUGUCUCCAGCUCAAGGGCACUCUUAGUAAAUCAGAAAUGGAAAUCGAUUUAAAACAGAUGGGAUUUGACAGAACCGGCCGAACCCAGCAAGAGAAGGCCAUCUUGGUGGUUUACACCAGGUCCAAGAAAAGGGAGAACCUGUUCAACGAAAUGAAAGAGAAGAUCAAGUCGCGUGGAUCAGGGAGCAGGUCGGAGGAGGAGAGGGGCCUGCAGUUCAAAGCCAGGCGCCGUCGGAGGACUGCAUUGAACAAUCGGCAUGGGAAAAGACAUGGCAAAAAGUCAAAAUCUAGAUGCAGCAAAAAGGCUCUGCACGUUAAUUUUAAAGAGCUAGGGUGGGAUGACUGGAUCAUUGCGCCAUUGGAUUAUGAGGCGUACCACUGCGAGGGCGUGUGCGACUUCCCUUUGAGAUCGCAUUUAGAGCCGACAAACCAUGCCAUCAUUCAAACUCUCAUGAAUUCAAUGGACCCCAAUAGCACACCUCCCAGCUGUUGCGUUCCCACCAAACUAAGUCCCAUCAGCAUUCUUUACAUAGACUCGGGUAAUAACGUUGUGUACAAACAGUACGAGGACAUGGUGGUAGAGCAGUGUGGCUGCAGGUAGCGUUCCUAUUCUACUGCGACACUUUAAAGUAUUUAAACCCCGUAAAAUCAAAGAUAUGUCAGUCGGUCCAGGUCAGAAUAUGAAAGCUGUGGCAUAUCUGAAGCAUAUAGACCCAUGCCUUGGUGCGCCUAAACUUCACUCAAAAGGGAUCCGCGAGAGAAAUUAUUUGUAGUGUGGGCCUAUGCAAGCAUAUUUAUUUUGGUCAAAUUUAAACUCAGUACAAUCUCACAUAGCCUUAGCUGUCCAAUUGUUGUGUUAAACUAAUACAUACUCCUAGCCUACUUUUCCAUCCGUCUGAUAUGUUUUUCAGUGGCAUAGUCUAUUGUUUUGCCAGGCCCCGACAUGGAUAGACAGGUCGUCAUAAACCAUUAGUCCGCAGGAGAGGAGUGGGUAUCAACAUGCUAGUGAUAGGCUAUUAUUUGUUAAUGCCUGAGCAGGCUUGGAAUUGUUGGUCUUCCAUCAGUGGACUGCGUCCGAAAUGUGCACAGUGGAAUGCACCUGUUCAAACUAGGCCGCAGUCACAGGAUAGCCCUUGUGCAUUGUUGCAGCUCCCUUCAACAGUCUUGCAAAGAGGACUCAUUUGUAGCGGGUGUUUCCAGGCUCACUGCCAGUGUCCAGCAGAAACUAUCGAGCUCUUCUGAUGCGUAAUCGGCC